AUGAAUACACCAUCACUUGAUUCCAAAUCAACUGAGAAUUUCUCACAAGAUAUUUCAAACCAGGAUUUCAAAAAAAUGUCACCAUCAAAUGAUUCUGGCUUGAUCACUGACGUCUCAGUUUGUGAUACAACCUCUCAAUGUAAUAGAAACUCACCUAAUCCUUGUCAAUCAGACAAUGAAGUGGAUAUUUUAAAUGAAUCAAUUCAUCUUCAACAAACUAAACACUCAGAUAAACUUACAAAUACUACUGAUAAUAUUAUAUCACAUUCAAUGGGUGAUUUUAAUGAAGACAAGAAAAAUGUCACAAUUAGUGAACCAUCAGAUAAAUUAAGUCAAGAUAUUCAAUUAAAAGCUGAACAAAUUCUUACUGAUUUACGUUCAGUACCAUUGAAUUAUCCUGUUAAACGAAAAAGAAAAACUGAUGUGAACAGCUUAAGUAUAACUUCACUUAAAAAUAAACAAGGAGAAGAUGAAAUCGGUGAUCUUGAUGAGAAUGAUGUAACUGUUCCGAUAUCUGAUGGUGGAGACGAUGAUAGUAAUGACGAAUACAAGGAACUUUCAGAUAAAAUCUUUCCACGAAUCUUACCUGACAAAAAUCAGUCACAUUAUUAUGGUGAAAUAAAACUACCCAAUAAAACUGUUUACAAGAAUUUCGAAAAUAUACACCAAAAAUCUAAGUUGUUAAAAACACGCUGUGAAAUGUUACAAACAUAUAUUAAUUUUUUGGAAGCACGUAAACUUUCAUUAGAGCAUUCUAUCACAGAAUUAAAUCAACAUUUUGAAAGAACUAAACAACAGCUUCAUAGUAGAAUGAAAGAGAAUGAAAGUAAAUUCGAUCUACAACAGUUUGAAGAAAUACUUUCUAAUCAAAGUAUUGCAUUAGCUAAAGAAAAAGAACAAUCAACACAACUUCGAUUGAAAUAUGAAUCUGUUGAAGCUGCCCGUUUUGAAUUAAGUCAACAACUUCAGUUAAUUUCAUCUGAAUAUGAUGCAGAUAAAAAAUUUUAUCAAAAACAAAUUAAACAGUUAGAACAAGAAAUUCAAGAACGCAUUAAUAAAGCAAAUCAAAUCAAAUCUGCUAAUGAACAACUACAAAAUGAAAUAAUCGAUUUUCAAAGUCAAAUAAAUUCCCUGAAAGAGCAACUCAAACAAAAGGAAGUCGAAGUGAAUGCAGUUAGUCAGUGUUACGACCAGAAAAUGAAAGAAGAAAAUGAACAACAUGAUUUAGAUAUUGUGAAAUUACAAAGAGAAAUAACUGAUCUUUCUGUUAGAACAUCGAAAGCAUCCACGAAAUAUGAAUAUGAAAUUGAAACAUUGAAUAUUCAUUUAAGAAUCAGUCAAAAUAAAAUUCAUGAUUUAUUAUGUGAAAAAGAAUAUCUCUGUAAAGAACUUCAAGAUGUUACUCAUAAAUUAAAUAUUAAUAGUCAAGAAAAAGAAGAACUGCAAAAGAAAAUGGAUGAUGAAUUAUUGAAAAUAAAACAGGAAAAGGAUAUUGAAAAAUUGAAAACGAAUCAUGAAGUAGAAAUUGAAAAUUUGAAGACCAAACUAAAAGAAACCGAAACGCUCAAAGAACAACUUAUGCGUUAUAUUGAUACAUUGGAAAAUUGUAUUUACAACCCAACACAACAAAAACAAUUCUGUAAUCAACAAAUACAAACUGAUGUACAAUCAAAACCGGUAGAAUUAUAUGAAGAGAGUAAAAAAUCAAACGAUCUGAAAAAUACUAUUGCUAGUGAACCUAAGUUACCAUCACCACCUAUUUACUCUAGUAGUAAUAUGAAUGAUAACAAGCCAAAGUUGAAUUAUCUGACGAGUGUUAAUAAAUCUACAGAGACUGUACAAUUAGAUUCUAUUAUGAAUCAGACAAAUGUACCAUUGAUGAAGCAUAAAGAUUAUCAACAAUUAAUUGAUAAUUAUGAAAAUAAAUUAUCCCAUUUACAUUUAUGUCUUCAUCAAUUAUAUCAAGAUUAUAAUUCAUUAAUUCGUCUAUUUAAUAGUACCAUUUAUGGAAUAAUUAAAUUUGCUAAUCGAGAAUGUAAUCGUUUUAGUAAAUUAUUAAAUAUAUCUAAUCAUGAAAUUGAAAUUCCUUCCACAUUGUUACUUUCAAAAUUCUAUUAUCCAUUGAAAUUAUUGAAAGGUAAUGAAAAAAUUUCAAAUUUAACGGAAAACACUUCAACUAUCAAAAGUUGUAUAAAUCCAUUGAUAGAUGUGAUUGGUAAAUUAUCAGCAUAUUGUACAAGAAUUUGUGAUUUAAUUGAAUCACAACAAGAAUAUUUAGAAUGGCAAUCGGAAAAUGUCAAUGAACUGCGUAAUAUAACUAGAAAACAAAUUGAAAUACAAAAUAAACAGUUAUUAAAAACACGUAAAGCUAAUUUAAAUCGUUUAAAAAAUUAUUUAAAACAAAAGCAGCAUAAUCCUUCGCUGAAUGAACUAAAUAGAAUUUUAUCAAAAGAUAAUCCAUAUUCAUACUGCUUUGUGUACAGUGAUGGUAGUAAUAUAGAUAAAUUUAUUUUACCAAUCAACGAUAUUGAAUCAAAAGCCAAUUACAAUAUGUCUAUAUUAAAAAAUUCAAUGUACCCGCAGAAAUCAAUCGAUUCACAUACACAGAUCAACGAUAGUAUAAAUAAACCCCCUGGACUACAGCAUCGAAUCUCUUCUCCAGUUUCUGCAAUGAAAGGAUUAUUUGAUAAAUCUCCUCCACUUCGUCUACUUCAUGAAAAUAGUACUAUCUCUCCAUAUGAAAAUAUUAAAUGUCCCAAUGUUAGUGAAAACUCCUAUAAUCAAGAUGGUCAGUUCCAUUCGUCUUUGGAUUUAGAUACCUGUUUUAUUAAUUGGCUAAAUGCAGCUUAUCGUCGACAUACCUCCAAAUCUUCUGUAAUGUCAAACAGACUACUAUUAAUGAAGCAACUUGUUCCGCAGCAAUCCAAAUAAGCUAAAUCAAAAUGAAACGAAUUAUUUUUCCAUCGACUUGUGAAAAUCUUCCCGGAUAAUCCCGGAAUAUUGCUUUUUUUCUACCUACUUUCAUAAACAAAUAAAAACUGUAUGACUUUUUCUACCUAUUUAAUAAUUUUUCGUAGAC